UCCAUAUACUCUCUUUGGUUUAGAUCUGGGCUGUCCUGGACUGGGGUCAUGGCUUUGAAGCUGGUCAACAGACUUCCCAUGCUGGGGAGGUUCGGGAUUCCUCGGUGCCCUUUUAUCGGUCCUGUUCGUCCCUCCACCAGGCUCAGUCCAGGUCUUCCCGUCUGUGUAGCCUGUCUCUGUACCUCAUCCAGCCACUGCAUCCGAAGCCACGGCUGUCGACAGCUCAAGCCAGACUGCUGGAAAAGAAACCUGACCACCACCAUAGUCCGGGAACCGACCUUUGUUGGCAGCAAUUCUGUUGGACUCCACAAAGAUUCGUUCCCUCGGUUCCGUCUGACCCAGCUGCACAGACCCACAGCCACAGAGGAGGAGGUUUUCCAUCGGCAUCUGAACAGCUGCUCAUCGUCCAGGCAGGUGCUCAGACUCCUGCGGACAGUAGAGAUCAUGUCUGACACCAUGGCUGCUGCUGUGCUUCACUGUGUGGCCGAUCUGGAGCAGGAUGGUCACUCUCUAAAGGACCCCUCAGUCCUGGAGAACGUCACCAUCAGAGCCCUGUGCCUUCAGCUGGAGGAGGACUCCGGGCGGCUGACAGAUGGUGGUCUGGUAUCAGCUCUUCUAGCCUGCACCCGCCUUUACUUGGAUCCCUGGAGCACCCUGAUGGUGCGGCUGGUGUCUGAGAGUCAGGAAAGGUUGGACAAGGGAGAGAUGACUGUGGAGCAGCUGUGUAUCCUGGGACAGGCGAUGCUGGCUAUAGAGGGUCCUGGUUCUGUGAUGCUGGAGCAGGUAAUGUCACAAAUCCAAAGACAGGAGCCUGCUCAGUGGAGCCUUGAAGACCUCAGUGCUGUUUAUAGACUUCUGCAAAGUGGUGGAGGUCUAGAUGGAAAGUACUGUGACCUGCUGAACGCCAUGCACACCCACGCUGUGACAGUCACCUCCCGUAUGAAUCCUACUGUGGUUAGUGAGCUGCUCAGUGUCCUUGUGAGCUUAAAUCAGACUCAGGCUAUGCCACUUGUGAUCAAUCUAUGCAAGCAGGCAGUACGACACGUACCUCACUUUACUGAUGAGGAGCUCACCCUUGUGCUAGGUGCACUCAUGCACUUUGGUCACAGUGAUCAUUACUUUGUGCAGGCAAUGGAGAGGUAUGUACCCACAGUAGCCUUCACAUCCCACCCAGAGACUGUUACCAAGGUGAUGCAGUUCUUUAGUCGGAGGAACAUCUUAUCGCCUUUGGUGUUUGACUCUGUGGCUGAGAGCUUUGUGUACCGGGCGGAUGAGUACAACACCAGCCAGGUGGCCAGGCAGAUCAUGGCUUAUGGGAAGCUGGGCUACCUCCCACCCAAUGCUGGCGAUGUGUUCAGGAAAGUUGAAACAACCCUGCAAAAACGCUUUUCACAUUUCCAGCCUCGGACAUUGAUCAACCUGCUUCACUCCUGCAUCCUCGUUGAGAGGUUUCCUGUGAAUUUUGUCUCCAAAGUUUUUGGAAGUUAUUUUCUUCAGCAAUUGCAAGAGCAGGACACUGGAAUGGACCGAUAUGUUCUGUCACAGCUGACUCAGCUUUACAUAACUGUAAAGUUGGAGUGUCCUUUCUAUGAGGGGCCCCGGCUCCUCCCCAGGUACCGCGUUAAGUCCUUCCUCACACCUGGACGCUCCCUGGAGACGCCUGUGGACACACAUCUGUACAACUCGGUGAAAAAUGGACUGUUGAAUUUACUCGGUGCUCGAUCGUACUUUGGAUCCAAGGUUUUGACGCCGUACUGCUACACAAUCGACAUGGAGAUAAAAGUGGAUGAAGACGGGUAUGUGCUGCCUGCCAGUUAUAACGACGACGUAUACAAGAGGAUAGCACUUUGUAUCGAUGGACAAAAGAGGUUCACUACAAACACAAGGCAGCUACUCGGAAAAGAGGCCACUAAGCAACGACAUCUGAGGCUUCUGGGAUAUGAAGUUGUUCAGAUUCCUUUCUAUGAAUUUGAAAAAUUACAAACCAAGGCCAGUGUGGUGGAAUACCUGCACCAGAAGAUCUUCCUCACAGUUACAGACUGAGCUGGUGAUUUAAUGACAGAAGAAAUAACAUGAUAGAAGUGAAAUGAAGGGCUGUUUUGUUUUCUAGUUUAAAUAAAUAUUUAUUUUUGCUUAUGA